AUGAGACACUACAUAUAUGAAGAGUCUGUGACGCGUGUCGAAGACCGUGUAUUCACUCUGACUUCGAGGCUCAAGGGCAAGCUUGAUGCACCUCUCCGCACGGCCAUCAUCAAUGCCGUCACGCGUGCGAACAAAGAUGCCGUCGGCAAAGCUAUUCAGGAAGGUCUCGCCGUGGUUUUCCUGAGUUCCAUCACUAAAGGUCAAUGGCGUGACUUAAGAAAGCGAAUCAAGGAUCACGACAAAUGGAUGGUCUGGCUGUCCAACAAGGUGAGAAAUCACGUCGAGGGGCUAGACACUGCGACGAAGCAACGCAUCGACCAGCUCGAGUCUAAAGUCAGUAGUCAGGCCAACACGAUCAGCGUGCUCACUCAAGGCAAAGACGCAUCGCAUGCUGAGAAGACUGGUAUGCUCAAACGCUUUGCCAAGCUCGAGGCCAUCGUCAACAAUCAACAGACAUAUAAGGCUGACCUCACUACUCUAAAGAGUGAGCUCGCCGCUGUUACUGCCCAGUUAUCCACUGCCAAAAAGGAGGAUGCCACGAACAAUGUGGUGGUACCGCCCCAAGCUCAACUCAACUCUAUCCGAGAGUCAAUGCGCGCAGAGAUUCUUGCCGAACUCCGUCAAGACAUCGCCUGCGACCGUUCAGAGACUCGCAAGUGCGCGCUUGACGCUUCUCACCUAUGA